GCGAGGAUAAAGCAAGAUGGCGUCUGACGGUGAGGACGUUAUUGCAGUCGUCCCAGUUCAGUGUUCUUAAUCUGUGCCUCCAUGUACACAUAUAUGUCCUUUAUUACACUCUAGUAAAUAGAGUAAACAUCGUUAAUAACUGUUUGCAUCCGGUUAUAUUAGUCUGAGCGCACUUUGAUGCUUCUCCGGCUAGCUUAGCUUGCUAGUUAGCUUAGCUUGUUAGCUGCUAACAAAGAGAGGCGGAAGUGAUCAAAACACAUCGCUAAGCAGAGAUCAAGUGUGAGUGUAAAGUGUUGUGAUUGUGUGAAAAUGUGCGAAAGAACCAUAGCAGAGUACGAGGGGGAACUUUGUCCAACAAAAGAGGAGAAGGAGCGACAACAUCAAAAACAUCAAGUUGUGUUACACAGAACAGACAUCCAUCAGCUGAUUGGACACCAAGAAGAAUGUCUCCCUCAUCUGCAGGGGAACAGUUUCACUUCAGAGUAUCCACACCCCUUACAUUUUAAAGAGGAAGAGGAGGGAGAGUGUCCUGUAGGGCAGAAGGAGGCUGAUCUCAGCAAGUUUCCACUGACUGUUGUCUCUGUGAAGACUGAAGAGCAUGAAGACAAACCACCUGAGUCCUCACAGCUUCAUCACAGUCCAAACGUCUGUGAAGAACAUCUUCACCCUGAGCAACAGAAGUGGAGCUUCAGGAUGGAGCCACAGCCCUCCCACAUUAAAAAUGAAGAGGAAUGCCCACUGAUCCCCCAUUUUAAAGAGGAAGAGGAUGACUCACUGACCACUCACAUUAAAGAGGAAGAGGAGGACCCACAGACCCGUAACAUUAAAGAGGAAGAAGAGGAGUCACAUACCCCUCACAUCAAAGAGGAAGAGGAGGAACACAGCAUCAGUAAGCAGAGAGAGCAUCUUGAAGGACUGGAGGAGGUUGAUGUCACCAAGAUGCCAGUGACUGGUGUCCCUGUGAAGAGUGAAGAUGAUGAGGUCAAAGGUGAGAGUGAGGAGAGGGGAGGGGGGGAGCCUCCAAGCAGCAGCUCAACUCAACACAUGACAACAGAAGCUGAUGGAGACCACUGUGGAGGAUCACAAGCAGACAAGCUCUUAGCUCCACUAUCAGAUAGUGAGGACACAACGUCACACUCUCCUGACACUGAUGAUGAAGACUCUAAAGAUGAUAAGACAUGUCACACUGACAACACUCACUUCACAUGUUCUGUCUGUGACAAAGCUUUUAAAGACCGUGGCAACGUGAAAAGACACAUGCGAAUACACACUGGAGAAAAACAUUUUUCAUGUUCAAUCUGUGGUAAAGAUUUUAAUCAAAGGCACCAUUUGAAACGACACAUGAUAGUACACACUGGAGAAAAACCUUUUUCAUGUUCAAUCUGCGGUAAAGCUUUUACUCAAAGGGACCAUUUCAAAGUACACAUGAGAACACACACUGGAGAAAAACCUUUUAUAUGUUCAGUAUGUGGUAAAAGAUAUAUAGAAAGACAGCAAUUAAACUCACACAUGAGAAUGCACUCUGGUGAAAAAACAUACUCCUGUUCGUGCUGCAACAAAAGCUUUCGUCACCAAAACAAUCUUACAGUACACAUGAGAACACACACUGGAGAAAAACCUUUUUCAUGUUCAAUCUGCGGUAAAGAUUUUAGUCGAAGGCAUUACAUCAAAACACACAUGAGAAUACACACUGGGGAAAAACCUUUUUCCUGCUUAGAAUGUGGUAAAAGUUUUGCAAUAAAUCAAAGUUUAAAAGAACACAUGAGAAUACACUCUGGUGAAAAACCAUACUCCUGUUCAACCUGCAACAAAAGCUUUCGUUACCUAAAAACUCUUAAAGCACACAUUAGAACACACAACGGAGAGUAAGUGUUGAGUUGCAGUGUGUGUGGUGAAAGAUUCUCUUCUAAGUACCAGUGUAAGAAACACAAGUGUGCUGGUGAGAACAGCAGCAGCAAAUGAAGAUGCAGGAUUUGAAAUAAACUGUCAAAACUUGAACUUUGACUUUCUAACAACAUCAGCACAUAUAACAUGUGUGACAUCAUUGUUGUGUGUGUAACACAAUCUUGUUAAUAUGAUUCUAACAUUUAUAGAUUAGACACUUCAGAUUAGUGCUUUUAUUUCAGUCAAGUACAUGAGUUAAUAUACACAUUUGUGUACUUUAAAAUGAACACAACAAUUUGACUGAAAAGGUGAGAAUAAACAAUACAUAAAAUAUGUUACAUAGAAUUAACAUUUUAAGGGCAGAUAUUCAUAAUUCAUUUUUAUACUUACUCAUAAUAGUGUUUUGUAUAUGUUUUUUUUUUAAUACUGAAGCGUUACAUAUUUUAUUUUCGAAUUCUAGAUGAUUCCAUAGAUGAACUCCUUUAUAUGAUGUACAUAUUUGUUUUACAUGUGUUCAUACCUUUGCUUUUGAGUACACAUAAAUCCCUCUUAGUUCAUAUUUACUGGUUCACAUCUGAAACAUCUUCUGGACCACUUCUGGAAGCUUAUUAUUAUUUACUUUAUACAUCAUUUGAACAGUUGUCUUUUAUACAAGAUCAUUUACUUUUAAUCAUGUGUUGGGUCUCUAUAAUCCAUUUUAUUAUCUAAAUUACUCUCUUUUGUAAUAUGAAUAUUGUUUUUUGAUUGUUUUAUAUGUAUGUCCCCAGUACGUUAUGCAACAAACAAUGUAUGCUUCAACAAAAGUUGGGUACAAUACAUUUUUUUAAUGCU